AUGCAUCCCAUAUCAGGUGCUGUCGGCAACCUCGGUGGCCAGGCAACUAGCCGCAUUGUGCGGUUCGCGCAGAUCGUCAGAGUUGGCCCUAACACUACCAAGGAUGAGUACACCGACGUAAUUGAAGAUAUGAAGGGCGGCUGCGGUGACUUUGGCAAGCUCGACGCGGUAUAUAUUGCAUCGGCUGAUGUCCAUGAUCCUUCUACGCAAGGGUUGGUACUCGCUGCUGGAGAUGUGUGCUUGGAGUACUCAGAUCUCGGUGGUGCUGAGGCUUGUAUGAACGGCAUGAAGGGUCGCAAAUACGACGGUCAGGUGGUUCACAUGAGCAGUGUAGAUGAGGAGACUUGGCAGAAUUUGGCGAAGUAA